CAGGCGUGCCCUAAACCAGGGGAGGAGAAGGGCAGGGAAGAGCGCACGCGGCGGAGUUCUUUCCGCCGCUUCGUCUCUCGUCCAACAUUCCAAAUCUUUGGAAAUUUCCUCAUUUUGACCAUUUUUGUGACUUGUAGAUCUUUUAUUCUUUGUAGAUUCAAAUUUUCCGCUCUCCUAUUCUUGGAGAUCCCCGAUUCUCGCAGAGGCGGCACAACCCUGAGUGACUCGGUUAUGUCUCCCAUUGACUCCUCGUCGUCCCCGGCCUCCCGCCAGUUCGCAGCUCAACCGCCGCUGCAGGAUGGCGAAGAUCGCGCUUGCGGUGCAAAUUUGACCGGAAAGAAGCCGGCCUGGAAUGUCCAGAUGAAUGGGGCGAGGAAUGGUGCAAGCGUGAUCAGUGACGGUUCCUGGCCUGCUCUAUCCCAGUCCGCUACAGGGAUCUUCAAAUCUUCGCUAUCGGACGCCACCAAGCCGAUCCAGGAUCAAUUGAUCUCUGCGCCCUUAGGUUCUGUUAUGACGGCAUCUCAGCCAGUACCAUAUUUUCCCCUCCAUGAGCCUAGUUCUAGCCCAAGCUUGCUGAAGCCCGAUGCAAAACUUAACUCGGUGAAUACGGGUGAUUGUGUCUGUAGCACUGGUGUGCCAGCCAUUGUUACACCUGAGCCACCUCAACUGGCUGCUUUGGAGCAGAGGACUAAAAUUUGUUUAGAUGUAGUUUCAGACUCUUCUCCCAAGAACCCCCCUAAGGGGAAAAACAACUGGGAUAGGAAUCUGGGCGGCAGCUUUGCACCACAGAACCGUAACACUACUGAUCACUACGGUAGGUAUAAUGGAAUCAGGAGGACACAAAAUGGUGGUCGGGUUUCCCACCAGGGAGGCUAUGGGAAACGACAGGACCACAAAUUGGGACGUUAUGAAAGGAAUUUACCCCCACAUGCAAAUGUGCUACUACCUCCACCGCCUGGUUACUUCAGACAUUUCAUUCGGGCACCUCAACCUGCCAUGGCACCUUUUUUUCACAUGCCAGUGCAGGUUCGCCCUCUUGUAGAUCCCAUGGGCUACCCCGAAGCUCCUAUGUAUUUUUUCCCACCACCUCCACCGCCUGAGAAACUGAGAAAUGUCCCUUUCGUCCGUCAUCAAGCACCAUCUACAAUAGUCAGGCCGGUGGAUAACUUGCAACUUAUGAUACUGAAACAAAUCGAGUACUAUUUCAGUACUGAAAAUUUAUGCAAAGACUUUUUUCUGAAAACUAGCAUGGAUAACCAGGGAUGGGUUCCUGUCUCCUUGAUAGCAGGCUUUAAUCGAGUUAAGAAAUUAACCAAUAACAUCUCAUAUAUAUUGGAUGCACUCCGAAAUUCAACCAUUUUGGAAGUACAGGGUGAUAAAAUAAGACGACGCAAGGAUUGGAUGAACUGGAUUCUUCCUUCAAUAUCCAAGCGAUAUGGCAUUGUUCCAGGGCCCCAGUCUUUAGCCACGUCGGAUGAUGGUUCUCUUGAUACUCUUGUCCAAAAUCUUGGCUUGGAGGAUGGUGCUGCAAGCCAAACCAUAUAUAAUGGGACACUUGAAAAAGUCCAUUAGUCCCCAGACCAGAGUUCCUUGGAACGUGUUGCAUCACACUACUGGAUCAAAGCACAGAGACAAUUUUAAGAUUUCCAAAAUACAAAUAAUGAAAUCAUGAGGUGGCUAAGUUGCCACGCCCCUAUCAUGUUCCUUAUUUUGGCUUGGUUUUGCUAAUGAUUUUGUUGAGCGAUACUCUAUCUCGAUUUGCUGGUGGACUGACAAAUUAUCCACAUCCUUGUUGGUGAAUACCUUCAUGGCAAUAAUGACUCGUGUGGUAAGCCACUCACCCCUGGAUGAGUGUGGCAAUGUCAUCUGCCACAACUGUUAUCAUUUUCUGUUGCCCGGUAACUCGGUUUAUUGCUAGUUGCUGUUUGAUGAUUGUUAAAUAAUUUAAACUAUUUUUGACUAUCUAUUUUAAACUUUGUUUCA